CUCCUCUCCGGGUAAACAACGAUGGCCGCCGAGGAAGGAGGUGGCGAGCCCCAUAACAACAUGGGGAACCACCUACAGCUGGUGUCCGCAGAGAGUGAGGAGGAGGAUGACAAUGAAAUGGAAGUUGAAGAUCAAGAUAGUAAAGAAGCUGAGAAGCGAAACGUCAUUAAUUUUGAUACCAGUUUGCCAACAUCACAUAUGUAUUUAGGUUCUGAUAUGGAAGAGUUUCAUGGAAGGACAGUGCAUGAUGAUGACAGCUGUCAGGUGAUUCCAGUGCUGCCCCAUGUGAUGGUGAUGUUGAUUCCUGGACAGACCUUACCUCUUCAGCUUUUUCACCCUCAAGAGGUUAGCAUGGUGCGGAAUUUAAUUCAGAAAGACAGAACGUUUGCUGUUCUUGCAUACAGUAACGUACAUGAAAGAGAAGCUCAUUUUGGAACCACAGCAGAAAUAUAUGCCUACAGAGAAGAGCAGGAAUAUGGAAUUGAAACAGUCAAAGUGAAAGCAAUAGGAAGACAAAGGUUCAAGGUGCUUGAAAUGAGAACCCAAUCGGAUGGAAUCCAGCAGGCUAAAGUACAAAUACUACCUGAGCGAGUGCUGCCUUCAACAAUGGCAGCAGUACAACUGCAGUCUCUCAGCCGAUGCCAUAUAUUUCCAUCUUCGAAACCUACAGCAUGGCAGGACCGAGCUAUACAGCAAUGGUGGCAGAAAUACCAAAAGAGGAAGUUCCGCUGUGCAAGUUUGACAUCUUGGCCUCCCUGGCUCUACUCUCUAUAUGAUGCUGAAACCUUGAUGGAAAGAGUCAAGAGGCAGCUACAUGAAUGGGAUGAAAAUCUUAAAGAUGAAUCUCUUCCAACAAACCCAAUAGAUUUUUCUUACAGAGUUGCUGCAUGCUUGCCGAUUGAUGAUGCAUUGCGUAUACAGUUGCUUAAAAUAGGUAGUGCUGUUCAGCGACUCCGGUGUGAAUUAGAUAUUAUGAACAAAUGUACAUCUCUCUGUUGUAAGCAAUGCCAAGAUACAGAAAUAACUACCAAGAAUGAAAUAUUCAGUUUAUCCUUGUGUGGACCCAUGGCAGCAUACGUGAAUCCUCAUGGGUACAUCCAUGAAACCCUCACUGUAUAUAAAGCCUGCAACUUGAAUCUUAGUGGACGACCAUCGACAGAGCACAGUUGGUUUCCUGGGUAUGCCUGGACUAUAGCCCAGUGCAGGAUCUGUGGGAGCCAUAUGGGCUGGAAGUUCACAGCUACUAAAAAGGAUAUGUCACCUCAGAAAUUCUGGGGAUUGACACGAUCUGCUCUCCUGCCUCGGAUUCCAGAAGCGGAUGAAGACUCUGGCCACGAUAGAUCACCAUUACUCUGCCUGUAAUCCAGUAGUCUGCUUUGAAGAUGAACAGGCAGUAGUCUGUCUCUUAAAUGUGUCUGCUCAGUUCUGCUUCUGAUGCUUACUUAACCCAAGAACACACACCCACACACAGAAGAACAACCAACCAAGCAGGCUCACUAUAUUUGGGUUUGGUGUGCAUCCACCUUACUGUUGUUCCAGACACACUGAGAACUGAAGGCUGAAUCUUAAAAAUGUCAGAUGAGAAGAGGAGGUGGUAUGGGACACCAAGAAAUCUAUGUGAUCUCUCUGGACUGAACUGAGACUGAACUUUAUUCUUAUUUAUGGCACUGCAGAAAAUGUGUACUGCUAUCAAUUUGCAGUGAAAGAAGGUGGGGGGGAACAAAAAUGACAAAUAGAGUAUAAUUUAUGCAAUAUAUGUAUGAAGGUAGAUGCCAGUUACUUGCUGCAGAGUGUUUUCCAUAAUAUACUUUAAAAUGUUUUAGCUGGAGAAUCCCUGUUUCUAACUGUGGAGUACUUCAAAUUUUAUGCUUUUGCUGUUUCUCAGAUAGUUUCUGAAUAACUGUUGAAGAGAGUACAGCACUGAAGUAUCUCAGUGUGAGAACGGUGUGGGAACAUCAGUGGCAGUGCUGAAACUGGCAAAUGCAAGAGUUUCUGCUGCCUGCAGUGCAGGAUGCCCUUUGGAAGGAAGCAGUGUGAAGUAUUUGGUCCUUACAAGUUGUCUGAUCUAUUUAGUCUAUUUGACUUUAGAAGUCUUUAAAAUUUUAUACAGAGUGUACAGGUCAGUCCCAGAGCAUAAACUACGUUGUCAUUUACUGUUCAGUGUGCUUACAUUUACUUUUCAAAAUGAUCUCUGUGAAGAAUAGCUUCCCAGCAAACAUAUCCGAGGUUCUGUGCAGUACUUGCUGAAAUACGUGGCAAGGAGAAGGCAACAUAGGAUUUUUCAUUUUACACUUCCAUAUCAUAAGGUAAAAUUUAACAUUAUCACCCUUACCUGACACAGAGCAAAUGUUUUUAAAUAAAACAGAAGUUAAAGGCA